AUGGCCUACCUGCGGGCCUGUGAAGUCCAACAGCUGCUCCACAACAAGUUCGUGGUCAUCAUGGGGGACUCGAUCCAGAGGGCGGUGUACAAAGACCUGGUGCUCCUGCUGCAGAAAGACUGCCUGCUCUCUUCCAGUCAGCUGAAGGCCAAGGGCGAGCUGAGCUUCGAGAGAGAUGUGCUGCUGGAGGGCGGCAGGUGGGGCCGCAUGCACAACGGCACCCAUUACCGCGAGGUCCGCCAGUUCCGCUCCGGCCACCACCAGGUGCGCUUCUACUUCCUCACGCGCGCCUACUCGCCCUACGUGGAGGACGUCCUGGCGGAGCUUUACUGGGGCGAGCACCUCCCGGAUGUGGUCAUCAUGAAUUCCUGCCUCUGGGACCUCUCCAGGUACGGCCAGGACUUCCAGAGGCGCUACCGGGAGGACCUGGAGCAGCUGUUCAGCCGCCUGUACCAGGUGCUGCCCGAGUCCUGCCUGCUGGUGUGGAACACCGCCAUGCCGGUGGCCGAGGUGGUCUCGGGCGGCUUCCUCCCGGCCGAGCUCCGGCCCCAGACGGCCCGCCUGCGGGAAGACGUGAUGGAGGCCAACUUCUACAGCUCGGCGGAGGCCAGCAGGUACGGCUUCGAUGUUCUGGAUCUGCAUUUCCACUUCCGGCACGCAGGGCACCACCGGCAGCGGGACGGCGUGCACUGGGACGAGCGCGCGCACCGCCACCUCUCGCAGCUGCUGCUGGCCCACCUGGCGGACGCGUGGGGUGUGGAGCUCCCGCGGCGCGACCGCGUGGGCAGGUGGAUCAGGGAAGGGCCGCCCGGCGGACGGCCAAGCCGGCAAAGGAGGCAGCCCCGGGACAGCAGAGGUGACCCGGCAGAACGUAUUUUUCCGCGGCUCCCACCCGCUUCCUCAUACCUCUCUCCCCUGCUGGGACCCUCUGUGGCCUUUCCUCAGGCGCGACCUCUGUUCCCAACCUACCAUCAACGAGCCUCUGUGCCCUACGGCCCACCUGAACGGCACAGCCGGGUCUCCUACGACCCUGCGCCGCACCGGGGUAGGAAUUCUGGCCCAGGUUACGACAUUAUGGGGCCUGAGCCUCGUCAGAGCCCUACUCGCACAUCCUCUUUCCAGCACCACGGUAGAAGGUCCCCUUCCCCAGGCUGGUGUCCCAGUGGGUCCCAAAGACGCCGGAGGAGGCGCAGCAGCAGAGGAUCCGAGCAUCCCCAGCGGCGAGGAUCCAGUAACCGUCUCUAG